GCCAUAAACUAACAUAUCAAUCUCUGUCUUUAAAAACUAAACCUCCGCAAGCAAACGGAUAAGCUCACGAGUCAUAAUAUAAAAAAAUGAAUCUCUCUCUACCUCUCACUCUACAGCAGAUCACCACAUACGGAUAAACAUAAGAAUCCCUCACUUUCUCUCUCCUCAUUCUUUAUUAGACAAAUCCCUCUUUCUCUCUCCUCACGCUUGGAAGACAGGACAAGGCCACUGAAUACAGACGAAUCCGGUAUUCCCAAAUGUAUGCAGAAAAUGGACGAGGAGCCAUGGCCCAUCUCCUCCUCCUCGCUGUCUUCCUUCCCCUCUGCACCCAAUCACAGCCCGUCAUGUCAUUCCCUCCCCUCCAGCUCCGCCGAUCUAUUCCCUAUCAUCUCACCUGCAACGUCCUCGACUACGGGGCGAUCGGUGAUGGCCUCCAUCUCGAGACGACGGCGAUCCAGGCAGCGAUCGAUGGCUGUGCUUCAAUCGGGGAUGGCCGCCUUAUCUUCCCCGCCGGCCAAUAUCUAACCGGAACCGUUUUCUUAAAAUCUGGCGUUACUUUGGUUGUGGAGAAAGGGGCCGUUAUCCUGGGGAGUCGACUCCAGAAGGAUUAUCCUGCGGAAUCGAAACAGUGGUACGUUAUUUUGGCGGAAGGGGCGGAAAGGGUGGGAAUAACGGGCGGCGGCGUUAUUGAUGGUCAGGCGUUAAAGUUCGUAGAGAGAUUUGAAGAGAGGAAAAACGUGAUGGUUAGUUGGAAUAUAACGGGCGAUUGUUUGGGGGAUGAGUGCAGGCCAAGAUUGGUCGGGUUCAUUGGGUGCAGAGAUGUGCACGUGUGGGAUGUCAAGUUCAGCGAGCCCGCCUAUUGGUGUUUGCACAUUGUCCGAUGCUGUGACACAUCAAUCCAUGAUAUAUCGAUACAUGGGGACUUUAACAUCCCAAAUAAUGAUGGCAUAGAUAUUGAGGAUUCCAAUAAUACCUUGAUCACAAGAUGCCAUAUUGAUACAGGUGAUGAUGCAAUCUGUCCAAAGACAUAUUAUGGUCCUCUAUAUAAUCUGACAGCCUCAGAUUGUUGGAUACGAACAAAAUCUUCAGCAGUGAAGUUAGGGAGUGCUAGUUGGUUAGAGUUUAGGAAUCUUACAUUUGACAAUUUAACCAUCGUUGACUCGCACAGAGGACUUGGACUACAAAUCCGUGAUGGUGGAAAGGUGAGUGAUGUUACCUUCUCUAACAUCAAGAUAAGCACUCGGUAUUACGACCCCUCAUGGUGGGGGAGAGCAGAACCAAUUUAUGUGACCACCUGCCCUAGAGACUCAAAAUCAAAGGCUGGACUUAUAUCAAAUUUGCAAUUCAUUAAUAUCACAGCAAUCUCAGAGAAUGGGAUCUUCUUAUCAGGCUCAACUGAUAGCUUAUUAAGUAACAUUCGAUUCACAAAUGUGAACUUAACUUACCGAAGAUGGACCAAGUACAGAGAUGGGUUAGUUGAUUAUAGGCCAGGGUGCAGAGGACUUGUCAAUAGAUCAAUGGCAGGCAUUAUUAUGGAGCACAUCUCUGACCUGGACAUGGUUAAUAUAAAUAUGAGAUGGCAUGGGAAUGGCUUAAAAGGGUGGGAUAAGCCCAUGGAUUUUACACCUUCAACCAUAAAUAGCAUACACUUUGCUGGUUUUCAGUCCGAAAUGUGUCAUUAGAGUGAAGAAUCAGUUAUGGAGACUGUUGGUUUCUCCUUUUUUGGUGAUUCUUUGUGGAUUGGGAAGCUUGAAGAAUGCGAUCGGUUUCUCGAGGACCGACUGGUUUCAAGAAUUUGAAUAACUAGCAAUCCAUUUGGAACAAUCAUUAUUUCAGUGGACUUCCAUUGCUCUUGCAUGGCUGGCAACUCUCUCUCUCUCUCUCUCUCUCUCUCUCUCUCUCUCAUGCAUGUGCGUAUAUGCAGCAGCGAUGAGAGGAAGGAGUAACUUAUUUUUUGUUUCAAAAGGCUGGUAAUUGUGUUUGAUCAUCAGCAGUUUCCUUGUUUUUUUUUUUUUUAGUCCAGUUAAUUAUUGUAUAGCUUGCUUGGAAAUUGGUGGCAUUUCGUCUGUCUUCCGUGCUGAUUUUUUUACUCUGUGAAUGGGGGAUUUGCCACUUUUUCUGUCAAUUAUGUCUGGACCUGUUUUGUUUCUCAUUGUUACAUGGGAGAAAAAAGAACUAUUUUGCAUUU